AGUGUUUAUGGAAAUGGAUCUUCGAACUGUAGAUAACAGAUAAUUCAAUUUAAACGCCCGACGGGUUAUCAUUUUUCUACUGUAGUAGUUUCAGUUAUGUGCUUUUGAGAACACGUCUCUCUCUGCUUUCGUCUGCGUAAAAAAGACAUGAAGACUGUAGUCUUUUAUUUCCUUGCCCUGUACAUCUCUAGUACUUAUUGCAUACCAAAAUGCUACUGGCGCAGUGGACUUUGUAGCACAUUGAAGUGUGUCGAAUUCAACUCCACUUCCUUGAAGGAGGUAAUCGGAACGAUGUACCACGAGCACGACUACACCUACGAUGACUACUUGGAUUUCGAUUUUGAUAUCGAAUCGACCAGUCCAACAUCCGGAACGACAACCACAACUGUCAAACCCCAAGUAAACGAGAACGUGCACUGUCUGCACUUGGAGGUAACCCACUCCGAUCUCAACGACGUGGACAACUCCACAUUAGGCGUACUGCAUCCGCACGAAUUUAAAAACAUUCGCCUGUCGAGCGAUAACAUCAACAACAUCGACGGGAACACGUUCGCAGAGUUCACCUUUUUAAAGACACUGUAUUUGGACAAUAAUAAACUGACGCAAAUUCGCUUGACCAACGGCCUGAAACAUUUGGAAUCAUUGGAUUUGAGUAACAACCAAAUGACUCGGCUCAAAAGUGAGGACUUUCCCUCAGUCGACACGUUGAAGACGUUAACCUUAAGCUAUAACUCUCUGGAAAGUAUCGAAAAGGUUACCUGCCAAUUUCCCAUGCUGUUCCAGUUAAAUUUAAAUAACAACAAAUUAAACAAACUCGACGGUUUCCGCUGCAAUUAUCUUCUCAAGUCCCUCAAUUUGGCGAUGAACGCAAUUGGGGACGUUACCAAGGAGGCGUUUGCAAAUUUAACCAAACUAGAAACGUUGAAUCUCAACGACAAUGGGAUUCGUACCAUUGAAAAUGGUUCCUUUGCCGAACAGACAAACUUACACAGUCUUUAUCUUCACAACAAUCAUCUCCAGAGCAUUAAUUCGGGCACGUUUCUGGGACUGCACGGUUUGAGGUACCUUUCGUUGGACGACAACAAUAUUACAGUAAUUCAACCGAAUGCCUUCGCCGAUUUGGGGAAAUUAACCAGCUUGACGCUUUUGGGAAAUCGUCUACGGACGCUUCGUACCAACGCUUUCACCGGAUUGGAGAGUGUGAUCCAGCUCGAUCUCAGCAGGAUGUACAUCGGCGAAAUCGAGAAGGGCGCGUUUAAGGGGAUGAAUAAUUUGCACGCGCUGGACUUGCACAGCAGCCGAGUGCACGAGAUCAACCAAAAGGCGUUCGACGGUCUCGCCCAGCUGAAAAGUCUGAACUUGGAGGACAACAGCUUCUUCAUCGACCCGUUCACGUUCAGCGGCCUGAAAGGCCUCGAGAGCUUGGAUUUGAAGAAGAGCGAGGGGCACGGCGAGUAUCUGCUGGACGCGGAAUCAUUCUCCGGCCUGGAAAGUCUGACCUCCCUCGACGUUUCCUACUUUAAGAUCGAAUUUGUGGCGGUGGGCGCGUUCAACGGUCUCGACAACUUGAAGAAUCUCAACUUGAGCAACAACAACAUCAAGCAGCUGGUGGCAGAUGUGUUCAUCGGCAUGCCCAACUUGGAGGUGCUCGAUUUGAGCAACAACCGGCUCCAGGUGAUCUCUCCCAAUUCGUUUUACGAACUGGAUAAUCUAAUUUCUUUAAACAUCAGCAAUAACAAUGUGUCCACUCUGAAGAAAGACACCUUUAAAGGUUUGAAAAUGAUCCGAACACUCGACUUGUCGCAGUUGUCCAUUGGCGAAAUUCAUCCUGGGGCGUUUAGUGGGUUGGACCGUUUGGAAGUGCUGGACUUGCGCGGAAAUGUAAUCGCCCAAUUAGAAGCUUUGUCUUUUACGAAUUGCCCACGCUUGCUCGAGUUGCACUUGGAAGACAACGCGAUCACGAAGAUAAAACCGGGCGCGUUCGAGGGCCUAUCUCUCGUGACCAGCUUUAACGUUUCGGGCAAUCUGAUCCCCAAUUUCGAGAACGGCACCUUCGUGGGGCUGGAAAAUUUGAAAUCGCUGAAUUUGUCGAGUUUGGGCUUGCAGAGCCUGGCACCUCGCGCGUUUACCGGAUUGAGCAAGCUGGUCUCGUUAGAUCUCUCGAUGAAUAACGUAACGACGCUGCGCGCUUCUACCUUUCAGAAUUUGCCAAAGUUGCGUUUUUUGACCUUGCUAUCGUGCGGGAUCAGGGAGCUGGAGGCGAACGCGUUCGACGGCCUUAACGGUUUGGUCGGGCUCGAAAUGAGGAACAACAGCAUGCGACGUUUGCAAAAGAACGCGUUCAACUCGCUCGACGGGCUCACCUUUCUCAACUUGAGCUACUCGAACAUUGAGGAAUUGGAGCCCGGCGCGUUCGGCGGACUCGCCAAUUUGCUAUCGCUCGAUUUGUUCGGCAACUCGAUUCGGACGCUUCCGGAUCAGGUCUUCGUCGGAUUGAAACAUCUGCUGCUGUUGGUAUUAAAUGAUGGAAUAACGUCGAUCGGCAAACGCGCUUUUACCGGUCUCGAUGGAGUUCUCACCUUCAAGAUUAACCUCGCCAAUCUUUCGCAGAUCGAAACCGGCACCUUCCAGGCCAUGAGUAUGUUGAGGUACUUGACGAUACAGAACACGCAGAUCGGAACCCUACAACCGAAAGCCUUCGCCUACAACGUGUACACAUUCAAGCUGUUUAUGACAAACUGCACGGUUGACACGCUGGGACCUUACAGUUUCUCCAAUGCGAACAUGUUCAGAUUUAACCAACGACCCUCCUCAAACGGGAAGUAUUUCAAUUUUACCAAUUUCGGAAUUAGAACAAUCUCGCCCGACGCAUUCAGCGGUUUGGAAGGUUACGCGAGUAUCACCGAGUACUUCGUCGACUUUGCGCGUAAUUAUCUGACGGAAAUAAAAAAGGGCGCCCUGAAAGGUCUCGAUAAAGCCGCCGAGAUGAGCUUCGCCAACAACAGCAUUGGCUCUAUCGAGCCAGGCUCGUUCUCGUCUCUCUCCUCGCUAAAAACUCUAACGCUAUCCUUUAACGAGCUGUCACGUAUAACACCGGGCACCUUCGAAGGUCUCGCCAAGCUGACGAGUCUUAAUUUGGCGAACAACGAGCUGGGCCCUUUAGAGGAGAACUCGUUUACGUUCCUGCCUUCGUUGGAGAGCUUAAAUUUGACGAGCAAUCAGCUUACUACCCUCCCCUUGAAUCUCUUCGCCUUCACCACGAGUUUGACCGAUUUGUAUUUGAGCAACAACUUUUUGUCCUCCUUGAGUCUCGGCGCGAUUCCCUCGCUCAACAACUUAGAGCUGAACUACAACAACUUCGAACGGUUCGAUCCGAACGCGCUUCUCUCGGUGCAAAACUUGAAGCGUCUCGCCCUGCGAGGCAACAGCCUGUCGGACCUAAACGAGACCGCCCUCCUGAACAGCGUCCAUAACCUGGUAACGAUCGACAUUCGCGAGAACAACUUCGUGUGCACCUCGUUGACUCGCAUGAUUCGAGCGUUCGACAAGCACCGAGUCGAGUACGUCAGGGAGCCGAACGUUCCGGGCAACGCUCACUACGACGGCGUGAACUGUCUGGUAAAUCACGGCAAGCAGCCGGCGAUCGACGACUCGAAGUGGAACGGUUUUUUCGUAUCGCUCAACGAAACCAAUCGCAGACUCGGCAGGCUGAUUAACGAAACAAACGAAAAUCUCAACCUCGCCAACGUGACCAAUUUAAUGCAACAGCUGACCGAUUUGCACAAGAUAACGGAACACAAUCGCAGCGUGCACUCCAAAAAUCAUCAGAAGCUGGCGCACGCGAAAAGCUCGAUGAGCGUCUUUCAGAUUUUGCUCGUGGUCGUCGUCGUCAUAGUUUGUAUCGGACAAAUUGUCGGGAUCACACGAUAUUUCUGUAACCGGCAUAAGGCGAGUAGUGUAAACCAUGCCCAAUCGGAAUUGCAACUGAUUAAUGCCGGAUUGUAGCUUUUGUAUGUAAUGCGUUAAUAAAUUAUAUUGUUUUGUAAUG